AUGGGCGGUCCGGCGGCCGAGAAAAAUGUAAUGCCACCAUGUGUGCAAAAUAAGAAGAAGAAGAAAAAGAACAACAAGAAGAAGGUGAGAUUUUGUUUUGAAAUUCUGAGAAAAACUUUUUUUUUUUUGAAGAAAAAGCGGCUGAAAUUCCAUAUAAUCCGGUUUUUCCUGAAAAUUUAUAGUCGAGUACAAAUUUUCAGAUUUUCUUUCUCGCCCAGUUUUUCUCACAAAAUGUUUUAUUUUGAAAUUUUCACGAAAUGAAAUUUCUUGGCAUUUCUAAUUUGUUUUGCUUGGAAAAAUGCCGAGGUGACUCAUUUCCCAAAAAAAAAUCAAUAUUUUUUGGAUUUUCGUGGGAAAUUCAGAAAAUUGAAGGUUUUUAGGUUAAAAAUUUGAUGAAUCACUACUAUAAAAUCGAUAUUUUCAAGAGAAUACUUGGAUUUUCAGAUAAAAAUUGAAAAAUCUUCCAGAAAAUCAACAUUUUCCCGGAAAAAGCUAGAUUUUCGCAAAAAAUCAUUGAAAAUUUUGCUGGAAAUUCAUGUUUUCUAUUGAAAUUUCCUGAAAAUCUCGAAUUUUCACUCAAAAAACGCCCGAUUUCUUUGCAGAACCAAGGAAACGCUCCAUUAUCCCCUUCUCAACCACAAUCUCCUCAAUCUGGUGAAGCGAAACCAAUUCAUUUGAAUAAUGGAAAGCAACAGCAGCAGCAGCAAGAAGACGAAUUUGCGGCUGACGCACAAAAUCAAAAUCAACCCAUCAAUGGAUCGACACUUUUGUCACAAAGGUGA